AGCUUUUUCUGAGAGUUACGUGUGCUAUUGUCAUCUAAUUGUUGCAACAAACCUCAAAACGCAUACACGACUUUGUUUAUCAUUUGAAACUCAGCAAAGUUGUAAACCAAACGUAGGAAAUGUGUAAAAGUCGAGCUUCCGGGUGACUGAGUCGUCCCUCUCGCGUGAUCUACGCGUUUGCGUCCCAUAGCCCCGCCCAUUUGUGAAUCUCUUUUAUGUGAAGUCGCUGAACGACUAUCCACCGUCACAUUUGUGUAUAUUUGUGUCGCAACGCUUAACGUUCUCUCCGGCUGCAACAGAAAAAAUGGGAGUGGUGACAAUACGAGUGGAAUACUGUGGCAAGUGAGGCUACGAGCCCCGUUAUCGGGAGCUUGCCCGAGUCGUCAAGGGUGAGUUUCCCGAUGCGGAUGUGGCGGGCUUCGUUGGGCGGCAAGCCAGCUUUGAGAUUGAAAUCAACGGGCAGCUGGUUUUCUCGAAACUGGAGCUCGGAGGAUUCCCAUAUGAGGAUGACGUAAUGCAAGUCAUCCAGAAAGCUCAUGAAGGCCAACCCCUGACAAAGAUCACCAAGAGCCAAGCGCCAUGUGUCAUCAUGUAGACAAACAGGUGUGACUGGAACAAAGCUGGCUUUCCCCAACAGUGUCCAGAUUGAAGUGUGUGUGGGGGGGGGGGCGGGGGGUGAUGUAAUUUAAUGGCAAAAAAAAUGCAAAUUAGCUGUUGGGGAUAGUCCAGUUCGCCUCCCCCUUGUUCGUCCUUGACGCCGAACUGCUGGGCCAUUAAUGACUAGCGCCGCCUCAAAAUAAGCCACGCGGCUGUGCUACGAUGAAUUCACGUGCCCGCCGGUUCUGCAGCUCGUCUGGGGCGGUCGAUGGGGAGGUUUUGUUUUGAUGAAAUGCAAGAUCAGUCAUAAGUCGUGAGCAUGUUUUUUUUUUCCCCCUUUCUAAAUAACGGUUUACUGAUACUGUACUUUUGUUUGGGAGGUGACUUAAUUAGAUUAGUUGAAUAAAAUAUCUGCUCGCAAUACUGUUUACACUCUGAUUUCCUUGAGGGACAGACGUUGACUCAACAGCCUUGGAGACCUUUCCUCUCGUGUAAACAUGUUUUCCGUUGUUCAGCGUCCCAGCAACUGGAGACGGGGAGACGUGCGUUCCCGGCAUAAAAAUGAUUUGAGCUCGUAUCUUUUCAUCCGUAAAUCUGCUUGAUUAGAUUAGAUUAGUGGUAACACCAUUGUACAGUGUAAAAUCCAGUGUUCACUCUAGGGGGCGCUAGGGUGACAGUCAAAUACCUGUCUAGUUUGUGCUUUAAAAUUUUUUCUCGGUAUUACAUUUUAGAUUUGAAAUCUAUCCAAACUCAUUUCGGCUUUCAAAAUAAUUGCAUGAAUGUCAUCUUUUCCACGUGAGGCCCAAAGCGAAAAAAGGAAACUGCAUUUACUGGGAAACUAAGGAGCAACGUGAUGAAUCGAAUCCCAAAAAAGGAAAUAUUGCAUGUACUGUAAUUGCAAUUGCUGUGCAAAAAAAAAAAUCAUUGGGGGAAUUCUGACCAUUUUCUGCAAAUAAAUGCUUUGAAGGAGAA